CCCAUGUGUUAGUGUUGCUAAUGUGGUAGAGAUGGAUGUGUUGGCUGAAGAGUUUGGAGGUCUUACCCAGCAGCAAAUCACUGCACCUAUAGAUACAGUGGAGGAAAAAUGGAAAUUGCUGCCAGCUUUUUUAAAGGUCAAGGGCCUUGUCAAGCAGCAUAUAGACUCGUUCAAUUAUUUCAUCAAUGUUGAGAUUAAGAAAAUAAUGAAAGCCAAUGAAAAGGUGACAAGUGAUGCUGACCCAAUGUGGUACUUAAAGUACCUUAAUAUUUACGUUGGUGCACCAGAUGUUGAAGAAAGCUUUAAUGUUACGCGACCAGUAUCUCCUCACGAGUGUCGUCUCAGAGAUAUGACUUAUUCUGCACCAAUUACUGUUGACAUUGAAUACACUAGAGGAAGUCAAAGGAUUAUUCGCAAUGCGCUUCCGAUUGGCAGAAUGCCAAUCAUGUUGCGUAGUUCUAACUGUGUUCUUACUGGAAAGACUCCAGCCGAGUUUGCAAAACUAAAUGAGUGCCCCUUGGAUCCAGGGGGUUACUUUAUUGUGAAGGGAGUAGAAAAAGUUAUUUUGAUUCAAGAACAGUUGUCCAAAAACAGAAUUAUUGUGGAACAAGACCGAAAAGGAGCAGUGGGUGCAUCUGUAACCAGCUCUACCCAUGAAAAGAAGAGCAGAACAAAUUUAGUUAUGAAACAGGGAAGAUUUUACUUGAAGCACAACACAUUGUCCGAAGAUAUCCCCAUUGCAAUUAUUUUCAAGGCGAUGGGCGUUGAGAGUGACCAAGAAAUCGUGCAGAUGAUUGGUACAGAGGAGCAUGUGAUGGCUGCUUUUGGGCCCAGUUUGGAGGAAUGCCAGAAAGCACAGAUCUUCACACAGAUGCAGGCUUUAAAGUUCAUUGGUAAUAAAGUUAGAAGGCAAAGAAUGUGGGGAGGACCGAAGAAAUCUAAGGUUGAUGAAGCACGUGAGCUUUUGGCCUCAACAAUUUUAACUCAUGUCCCAGUUAAAGAAUUCAAUUUCAGGGCAAAAUGCAUUUAUAUAGCUGUGAUGGUCCGCAGGGUGAUAUUGGCUCAAGGAGAAAACAAAGUAGAUGAUCGUGAUUACUAUGGAAACAAGCGAUUGGAGCUGGCGGGACAACUACUGUCUCUCUUGUUUGAAGAUUUGUUUAAAAAGUUUAAUGCAGAAAUGAAAAAAAUUGCCGACCAGGUCAUCCCUAAACAGAGGGCUGCUCAGUUUGAUGUUGUAAAGCACAUGCGUCAAGACCAGAUCACAAACGGGAUGGUAAACGCCAUAUCUACAGGGAAUUGGUCGCUCAAAAGAUUUAAGAUGGACCGUCAAGGUGUGACACAGGUGUUAUCAAGGUUAUCCUUUAUAUCUGCAUUGGGAAUGAUGACAAGAAUUUCUUCCCAGUUUGAAAAGACCAGGAAAGUCAGUGGACCUCGAUCAUUGCAGCCGUCUCAGUGGGGCAUGCUGUGUCCUUCUGACACACCUGAAGGAGAGGCUUGUGGCCUGGUUAAAAAUCUGGCUCUGAUGACUCAUAUCACUACUGACAUGGAGGAUGGUCCAAUCAUUAAGCUGGCCGGUAAUCUUGGAGUGGAAGAUGUCAAUUUACUCUGUGGUGAAGAGCUUUCCUACCCAAAUGUUUUUCUUGUAUUUCUUAAUGGUAACAUCCUUGGCGUUAUACGUGAUCAUCAAAAGCUAGUGAGUACAUUCCGACUAAUGCGACGUGCAGGCUUCAUCAAUGAAUUUGUUUCUAUUUCCACAAACCUCACUGACAGAUGUGUGUACAUCUCUUCUGAUGGUGGCAGACUGUGCAGGCCCUAUAUCAUAGUGAAAAAUCAAAGACCUGCUGUUACAAAGAAGCACAUCCAGGAGCUUUCUCAGGGAUACAGGACUUUUGAAGACUUCCUUCACGAGAGCCUGGUAGAAUACUUGGAUGUCAAUGAAGAGAAUGAUUGUACUAUAUCACUAUAUGAACACAGUAUAAACAAACAUACAACACACUUGGAAAUUGAGCCAUUUACACUGCUUGGUGUUUGUGCAGGACUCAUCCCAUACCCACACCACAACCAGUCCCCCAGAAACACAUACCAGUGUGCUAUGGGUAAACAAGCCAUGGGGACAAUUGGAUACAAUCAGAGGAACAGGAUUGACACACUGAUGUACCUGUUAGCGUACCCACAGAGGCCAAUGGUUAAGACAAGAACUAUUGAACUUAUUGAUUUUGAGAAACUACCAGCAGGGCAGAAUGCUACUGUGGCUGUAAUGAGUUAUAGUGGGUACGACAUUGAAGAUGCACUUGUACUUAAUAAAGCAUCCUUAGAUAGAGGUUUCGGGCGCUGCCUUGUGUACAAGAACGCCAAAUGUACUCUGAAACGUUACAGCAAUCAAACGUUUGAUAAAGUGAUGGGGCCCAUGUUGGAUGCUACCACACGUAAACAGAUAUGGAGACAUGAAAUCCUAGAUGCUGAUGGAAUUUGCUCUCCAGGGGAAAAAGUGGAAAACAAGCAGGUCCUUGUCAACAAAUCCAUGCCGACAGUCACACAGACCCCUCUAGAGGGAAGCAACGUGCCACAACAGCCACAGUUUAAAGAUGUGCCAAUAACUUACAAAGGCUCCACAGAGUCAUACAUUGAGAAAGUAAUGAUCUCCUCCAAUGCAGAAGAAGCUUUUCUUAUUAAAAUACUACUGCGGCAAACAAGACGGCCAGAAAUUGGUGAUAAGUUCAGCAGUAGGCAUGGACAAAAAGGUGUUUGUGGUUUAAUCGUGCCACAAGAAGACAUGCCUUUCAGUGAAACUGGAAUUUGCCCAGAUAUUAUCAUGAAUCCUCAUGGCUACCCUUCUCGUAUGACGGUUGGGAAAUUAAUUGAACUCUUGGCUGGAAAGGCUGGUGUGUUAGAUGGCCGAUUUCACUACGGUACUGCCUUUGGGGGCAGUAAAGUUAAGGAUGUCUGUGAAGAUCUUAUCCGACAUGGCUACAACUACUUAGGGAAAGACUAUGUAACAUCUGGUAUCACAGGGGAGCCCCUGGAAGCUUAUAUUUAUUUUGGACCGGUAUACUAUCAGAAACUUAAGCAUAUGGUACUGGAUAAGAUGCAUGCUAGAGCCAGAGGUCCUAGGGCUGUCCUUACCAGGCAACCUACAGAAGGACGAUCUCGGGAUGGUGGUCUGCGUCUUGGUGAAAUGGAACGAGAUUGCUUGAUUGGUUAUGGAGCCAGUAUGCUACUAUUGGAGAGACUAAUGAUAUCUAGUGAUGCCUUCGAGGUGGAUGUCUGUGGACAAUGUGGAUUACUAGGAUACUCCGGCUGGUGCCAUUAUUGCAAGUCUUCCUGCCACGUAUCAUCACUGCGAAUCCCUUACGCAUGCAAGCUCCUGUUUCAAGAACUUCAGUCCAUGAAUAUUAUACCCAGACUUAAACUGUCAAGAUAUAACGAGUAGGAGAAGUGAAAUUAAAUAGAAUUUUAGCUAUGCUGACAUUCUAGUUUGGAUGGAAAAUAAAAUUGAAUUGUUUAAAUGAGUAUGGCUAAGAUCUACUGGUAUUAAAACCGUAAAGCAAGCUGUGUUUUGAUGUUUUUUUUUUCUUUUCUUUAUUUUGUUUGCACUGAAAUGGCAAAUAACAUUUUGUAUAUUUGAUACCUGUAAAUUGCGAAUGUUGUAUGAAACAUUGAAACCUCUUUGCCAUAAAGAAACGUAUGUUAAGCAGUUUGCUGUUCUGAUUUAUGUGGCAUUUAUUAAAUUAUUAAUAAAGUCGUUUUUGUGUACUUAUUCCAAA